GUCAAUCUCGGUUCGCAUUUCCUAUUUUUCGUUGUUUUCUGUUGGUUGCAACCUAUAGCUAUUAUAAUUGCAGCAGUCGCUUUAUUUUGGGGCUUCGACAGCUUAACUUUGAAAUGUCGCGUUGUCAACUGUGAACUUUUGCCAGAGUUGUUAGCGAGAGGUCGCUUCGCUUCAAUAUAUUGAGGUUUGACAAAGUAGUAGGGUCAAUAAAUAUUGAACGUGUGUAGGAGAAAUGGUAGGCCAGCGUUACAUUGAAAUUGUGUCAUGUGAACACUUUGUCGGCGAUUUUUUUUGCAUGUACAGAGAUUUCCGCAGAUAUUGCAUUCAUAAUGUUGCGUUUGGACCGGUACUGAGAUGUGCUCCGGAACUUUUACGCUAAUAAGGCUCCUUAGUGUAGUUUUAUCUUUCGUAUGAAGUCUUUGUAGUAGCAUAUCUUCUGUUUACAUAAAUAGCGUCAUGAUAUUGUUGUAUUUUACGGUGAGCUUGGAGGAGACGGAAGCGAUGUGAAAUAUUGAGCAGUCCUAAAGCUACACAUUUGUGUGCAGAAAGAGACAUGAUCCAAUUUCACCACCAUUCUGGAAUGUGUGGAAUGUAAUUGAAGACUUGCAUAGAAGGGAACCUCUGGACACAAGAUGCGAGAUGUAUACAGAGGCCAAUACACUGUGAAUUCUCAUUUUGGACCAUUGUGGAAGGAAUAAUAUUUUGCUGAGAUGGACUCUUGUCUAUAAUACAUAGCUGGAGCAUAGUUGUAGUGCUGUUACAAUUAUAAGUUUUAAGCAAGAGAAGGAAAUGUCAGUGUACAGCGUUUGUGUUGGGAACAAAGUUCAAACAAUUGGAAAGAAUGGGCAAUGCUCUUCAGUGAUAGACACCAAGUCAGAAGAAAACUGAACAUUUUUACGGCUUUAUCAGCUUUACUUUUGUGGAUUGUGGGAAAUAUGUACAGUCACUCAGGCACCACAGUCUGAGAAGAGCUAAUACUGCAGGUGACAAAGUGGACUUUCCAGAUUAACAGCAGCUACAAUGGAUAUGGCAUUGGAGGCUCACAGUCUUGUCGAAAUAAAGCGAGAACCGGUAGACAACUUGGCGGUAGUAAUCAAGACGGAACCUGAGUGGAUACCGGAAGAGAGCAGCACUGGACUGCUCGAGUGCACAAGCAGCGCCUCUCCUGACAUAUUGCAGGAAGAAGCUCAGGUGUACCCACUUGUCAAACUGGAGCCUGCAGAAAAUGCAACUGAGGCUUGUGAGAAUUGCAAGAGUGAGACUCACUUGGAUCCAUUGGACACUAUUUGUAGUACUGGUAUAAAAAGUGAAGUGACAGAACAACUUUUGAAAAAGAAAGAAUUAGUGGAUUGCUCAGAUUGUUCCAACCCAUUACAGGAACUUGGUGAAGAGGAAUGGGAGAAAAUUCCAGAUGAUGACACAAAAAAAAAUGUGUUAGCCAAUCUCGUCCCUUUUCUCAAGCAAGAAUUGGACUGCAACUUGCACAGCAUUCGUGAGGAGAGGCCAUCAUCAGAAGCAGUUGACGGAUCCUCGGACAGUGUCCCAGAGGUCGAUGAUGACGACGUUGACAAUUACGACGAUUCACCAGAAAGCCCCCGGCUGGUCAUUGCGGAAGUGGAAGAUACUUCUAGCGUGACAGCUGUCGAUGAGCUUUCGGAACCGUGCGAUAUGUUGGGGGAUGGCUGGAGGAUAACAGUGUUCAGGUGUGGCCACUGCAUGGCGCUGGCGUGGGAUGUCGUCAGGCUGGCACGCCACGACUGUAUCUUACCGCAACAGCGUAAGUUAAACGGCAGCAUAUUGGGGCGGCUGAGGCCCGGCACCCAGGUGAGGUACGUGAACUUGUUCGGAUGUCACGUGUGUGGGAAACUGUUCUUCAAACGCAAAAAUUAUCGGAAGCACGUGUCUACGUUCCAUUCUGAAGCACUGCUGAAGCCGUUCUUUAAGCCUAAAGUAUGUUCUGACGGUGACAGCUGUAACCGAUCUGCAUCUGUGGUAAGUUCGAGUGAUUCGGAUGCCAAAUUGGCACUUGUCGGUGAUGUGACAGUGUCGGCCACCGCUGUUUCUGGUACGAAAUCUACAAGACACGAGAAUGGUGAUAACCUGGAACUGUGUGUGGUGUGUCGUAAGGAGUCGUGUCAGAUGCACAAGUAUGUUCUCCUCAGAGGCAAGUGUGACUCCACCAAGAAGGUGCCGGUUUUCAUUUGUCACAAAUGCAAAAGGGAUUUUCGGUGUGAGGAUAAUUAUUGGAGGCACAUGUAUUAUCACGGGUUCAAGAUGGAAGUUGUGUCAGAGGAGGAGCCGACAGCAGUAUUGCAUGCAGUCAGUCAUGUCGACAGCAAAAAGAAGAUUAGGAGACCUCGGAAAAAAACUUGCAGUUCGCUCGUGGAGCCGAGUGUGGACCUGUCCCACGAGAACACCGUGCCGCAGUCAGCCCCCCAGCCUCUGUCGGAUGUGUGUAGUUUGAAAAGUGCCUCACAGGGGGAAGGUACAGGAGGGGUCAGUGUGGCAGCCUCAACUGCCAAAAUUUGCUUUGCGACGGUUGGCGCUUGUGAAAUUCGUAAUCGGCCUUCGAUUGAAAAUCGGAGUGCUUCAAAAAGUAAUAAGAGAAAAAUUUCAGAGGUAUCUUUCAUCACAGAAGAGGAUGGGCCACACCCCAAAAAGAACUUCUCGCCUGCAGAUGACAAGGGUACUGUUGACGUGUUGACCGGUUGCUCCUCGGCACAAAUUGCAUCCAGACCAUUCCGACCGGAGACCUCGGUGGCUAAAGACAGUUGUGGUACUGUCAGUUCUGAAGAGAGAGAACGAGUGUGUGCAAUGGAGGGAGAAAUGUCUGAUUUGACCAUAGAUAGUGUCUGGAGUGCUAGAUUGGAGAAGAAUGAGUGGAAUACCAUAGGAGCUCUGAAUGAGGAGGGGGAAGAAGUAACUACAGAAAAACUGCCUGAAGAAUAUAAUGGCCCAUGCAGCACAGUUAGUGACAAUUUUUCCACAGUGACAAGUAGAGGAGACAUGAGUAAUUCAUCAUCUCUGCAGUUAAGAAAAAGAAUGAAUCAGAUAGCUGUUGAAGUCAUAGAUGAUGAAGAUGAUAAUAUUAAUGGUAAUUGCAAGGCUGUUGAAGUUAUAGACUUGGAUGAUGAUGAUGAUGAUGAUGAUGAAGUAGAUGUAAAUAUUAAUAGUAAUGGCAGGGCUGACAAGAUUUCCAGUUUCCCAGAUACAAUUGAAACAGAAGAAAAGUGUGACGGCAAGAUAGUGGCAGUGUCUGGGCAGGAGAAUUUGGAACGAGGCUCAGACUAUUCUAGCUGCACUUUGGUACAGGGGCUCUGUAAUCCGGGUGAAACUUAUUCGACUUCACAAAAUAUGGAAAUCGAUUUCAAUGCGAGAGAGCAAGAGGCAGUUUCUGCUGACAGGACUGCCACCGGAAAAAGAUCUCUGUCGACAGCUGGAAAAGUGACCGUCGGAGAUUCGCAGUCGACAGGUACUCCAUUUGUACAAGCCGGUGUUAACUUGGGUGCUCGGGUAGCUGUGAUAAAGUGCGCGAAUGGCAACGAAUCUCGUUUAGUACACGAAAAGCUAGCUCCGAAUGGGUGUGAAGGACGUACUGGAGUGAGGAUACUGCAAGUCUCAAACACUGCAGUGUAUCGGACUGUGCCAGUUCGACAGGUAACGAAACUGGCAUUUCUACCUGCUGUGAGGCACUCCGCAAAUAGUGACGGGACGGUCGGUUAUUUGAGGAAGCUUUCGAAUAUUUCUUUGAAAGUAUCUGGUACACCUAGGAUAGGUUCGUGUUUGUUGAAAUGUGAGAAGUGUAAUCUAUUGGGAAUGUAUAGUCCCACAUUUUUCUCACACAAGUGUUCACCACCUAAUAGCAGUGCAAAUGACAGCAGCGGGGUGCUCUCUGCUGACAGUGUGAGGAUGGUGCCGAAUCACAAUGCCAGAGUGAUACCUGGGAGCAGUAGGGUGUGCGCUUACAGAGGUAUUGUUGCCAACAGAAAACUGACAGGUUCCGUAUUGUGGAAGUGUUUGCGAUGCAACUUCACGACGUACCGUUGUGACGUAUUCAAGUCGCAUUUGUGUAAUUCCCCGGUGCAUUUCAAGAUACUCUUGGACGGGCAGGCACCAGGUGCUUUAACAAGAUGCGACGAGGAUGUGUCACCGGAUGCCGGAAAGAGACGUGACGCAGAAGUGGUCCUGGGUGCCGGAACGAGAAGCGACUCGGACAUAGCCCUAGGUACCGGAAUGAGAAGCGAUGCAAACACGGUGCCACCUGCCGGAACGAGAAACGACGCAGACGUGACGCCAGGUGCCGGAAUAAGAAGUGAUGCAGACGUUGUGCCAGGUGCAGGAACGAGACAGGACACAGACGUGGUGCCAGGUGCAGGAACGAGAAGCGACACUGGCGUGGCGCCUGGUGCAGGGGCGAAAUGUGACGCAGAUGUGGUGGCCGGUGCUGGGAUGAGAUGUGACGCAGAUGUGGAAUCAGGUGCGCGGACGAGAUGCGAUGCUGACGUGGUACCGGAUGCCGGGACGAGAUGCGACGCAGACGUGGUGCCAGGUCCCGGGACGAGAUGCGACGCAGACGUGGCGCCGGGUCCCGGGACGAGAUGCGACGCAGACGUGGCGCCGGGUCCCGGGACGAGAUGCGACGCAGACGUGGCGCCGGGUCCCGGGACGAGAUGCGACGCAGACGUGGCGCCGGGUGCCGGGACGAGAUGCGACGCAGACGUGGCGCCGGGUGCCGGGACGAGAUGCGACCCCGACGUGGCGCCGGGUGCCAGGAGGAGAUGCAGUGCAGACAUUGCACCAGGUAUCGGAAUGAGACGCAAUGCAGAUGUGGCGCCAGGUGUUGGAACGGGACGUGACACAGAUGUCGUGCCAACUCCACCAGUAGAGUACCUUUGGAAGUGUGUGGGGUGUGGUUUGUAUUCAAAUUCCAGACAAUGUCUACUGAUGCACAAGUGCUCAUCUUUCAAGAGAAAAGUGACCGGUUCUGAUGCUGUCUUCACUGGGCCGGAACUCAUGUGCUGCAAGUGCGGCUUCAAGACGGCCGGGCGACUGAUGUUCGCGACGCACCGGUGUGCCAGCCUCGUGCUGCCACCGUGGCUGCCGAGGGAUAAGGUGCCUGCGAAGUGGACUGGCCGUGGUGCACCCGACAGCACCUCUCCCAAGGUAUGUGAGAAAUCGACGCAGAAAAACGACUUGGGCACUGUUCACGACUCCGUUUUGAACUUUCUGUUGCUGCACAGUGGUGCUAAGAUGGUAGAGAAUAAUGGUAGUUUUCUUGUAAUGCUGCCAAAUAUGUCAACUUCGGGGUCUCCUCCCCGAGUGGGUAGCUGAACAUCUAGGAGGCAAGAAAACUCGAGUAAAUCACUUUGUAACAGUGUAUGAAACUGUACCUAAAACUAAAACAGAGUGCUACGUGUGAUAACUUCAUUUACUAAUUGUCGGGAGUGUGUUUUCUAGUCUCAAAAAAUUGGCAGCAGUUGUAGUACAUUUCACAUGGGACGGCGCCUCUACACACAGGAGGAGAACAGUAAGGAAGUGUGCACAAUAUUGGAUUUCCGUAUGCCUGUCAACGUAGUGGAGGUAAACACCUUCCACUGUUGCCAUGACAUAUUGAGUGUCCACAGACAACAACAAAUGAAGUUACAUCAGGAUGUUUUUGUCUGCGGGAGGACAUUUAUUGCAAUUUGGAACUAUUCACGGCAACAGGUCCAGAGGAAGACUGAAUCUCACUGGUUGCUGGGUGUUAGUGGACGGGGAUAAGGAUGAGGAGAUCAGUUCAAAACUGGCCCAUCUUUCAGAGUGACAUACACUACAGUUUCCUUAGAUAACUUUGUAAAUGAUUUUUGGAAGAUGUACACCUGUUUCUUUUACUGAAAGAAUUUGUGCCAGAAAAACUGUCUUGCGGUUAACUGUAACACAAGUUCAUAGUGACACUUUCUGUCAUUCUAAGUUGGUUGUUUUUGCUGUUGUAAGAUUAUUCAGCUUCUGCGAUCUUAUUGUAGACUGAAACUUGCCACGUGUUUGCAUAGCAGUUUUUCUGAGGUAACUGGGGAUUUUUCGUGCCUUGUGUUUACAACCUUUACACAUCAGUUGUGUGGUAGGUAAUUUUGUGCAGUUAUACUUGAAGCUAAGUUGGAAGUUGUAUAACAGGAAAAUUUUUCUGGGAAAUGUCUUUAAUUAAAAGAAACUGAAUGGCUUGUUGUAAGUAUCUACACUUGGGAUGUGUAAAUAUGACCAAGUGGAAUAUUGGAUGAUAAUUAGUUUUCAGCAGCAGUGAAAAUGUUCCUCUGUGUCAGGCUAAUCAAAACAGCUAAAGAAGUUGUCUGGGUUGGCCUUUCACAGCUGCAACAUUCUACUGCUGCCAAAAACAAGUUACCACUCUAUACUCAACUUCACGUAUGGGAUCCUGUAGCAGCUUAUUGCAGUACUGUUACCUGUGGAUGUCAAUGUGUAUCUAUGCUGAAGAAGUGUUAAUAUUUAUUCUUAACUGGCUUCGGUUAAUUGAACUGCCAUGAAUGGCGUAACAGAAAAAACCCAUAUAUGUGAUACACACAGACCAAAAAACUGAAAUAGAAGAGUUGUACCUCUGGACAUCAACAUUGUUUGAAGGCUUUAUCUCAAUAGUGGUACACACCUCCAGUUUUGUAUCAUUUUGGCUUCAACAUAAUUGAGUGAUUAGUAGAAAGAAACAAUAAUCCUUUCAACAAGCGUUGGACUGCAGCAGUUCAAGUAUCUCACUUGGACAAUAAACUAUCAACUCUAGAAGAAAUUGGAGGAAGAUUUUUAAAUUUUAAAACUUUACUUCAUUAAGCACUUAAUCCUGUACAUAUCUCAUUCAUUUAUGUUUAACCCUUCGGUGGGUGCACCUGUGGCAGAUAGCCGCAAGAUUUAGUUUUCUGUCAGCAUCACAGAUAGCGUUACAGUUGCGUCCAUGUCCAGAUACGUAUUUGUUGUUCUCAACGGAUGUCACCACUUACUGCAUUUGCGCUAUUCAUGCUUUCAGCAGUUUGGUCAUUAUUGUUGUUUGGAAUGUGAGUGUUGCAUUUGCAGUGUGUUGGCCGCUAAGCGCCUUGUGAUGUAAGUAUUUUCUAUACUUGUGUUUUUCUUUCACCUCAAGGCAAUCUUUUUUUUAUAUUAGUAUAUAAUGCAUAUUUGUAUCGAAUCAAAGUUCCCAUAUGCAAUUUUCAUUAUUUUUUACAGUCUUGGAUAUUGAUUUGCUACAAUAUAUUACUUUUACAAAAACAUGUUUCAUUAGGUCUCUUAAAAGCAUGGAAAUGGAGAAAAAGAGGGCAUUUGACAGGCACCGUCUAAUUGUACAUCCUGAAGACUAUGAGAAAGUACUGCGAGAAUUGUCAGAAGAAGAAUAACAGGAAUCGUCAGAUUCUUGUAAAUCUGAGUUUGAAGAGGAAGUUAUUAAAGGAGAAAACCACAGCAGUGACUCCGAACAAUCAACAGAGGAAGCAGAUGACCACCUGGUUGAAAAUGGGAGACAACAAACAGAGGAUUACCAAUUUUAUGUAGGAAAAGAAAAACUAUUUGGAUGAGUGAACUGCUUCCUUCUCCUAAAACGAAGGCCAAGAACAUCUUAAAAGUUUUGCCAGGUCCAAAAGCAAAUGUUGAAAUUGCGGAAAUAGAAAUUGAUGCAUUUUGCCUCUUUAUUACUGAUGGGACGCUUAUUUUUCUUUAGGUUAAAAAUGAAAAACUAAUUGCGAUGCAAAAGCCGCAGCGCGUCCACUCAUGGAAAUAUAAAAGCCGUGCCCACUGAAGGGUUAAGUUUCAGUAUCUUUAAAUGAACAAAAGUGCAGGUGUACUGUUGUUGAAAUAAGACCUUCAUAAACAGUACUCACAAAAUUAUACCAUCUGUUGGUUUUUAAUAGAAGACACUUCAUAUACCCAAUGUUACAAUGACAAAAUGUAGAGUCAAACAUAACCAGAUUUUGACAAUAUCUUGAAAAUUUCAGUAAGUUGCACAUACACCCCUGACAGUUAACGGGCAACUGCCAUCUCAGAAUAUGUAAAAUCUCAGAGUCUAAUACAAGAGAGUAGAAAUAUAAGAUGGUCUGCAAUAAAGUAGGUGGUGAAAUCAGAGAGGACACCAGUUUCAAAAAUCUACCAAAAAGUCCUUAAUACAGUCACAAAUUCCAUUCGUUUCCCCAUAUGAUCAAACUUUUGACAAUAAGGGUAGGUGUGACACAGAUUCAAAUCAUUUUUGGAAAUCAAGAAAUACUGCAUCUUCCUGACUGCUUUGAUCCAAAGCUUUCAGUAUGUCAUGCGAGAAAAGUGCGAGUCAGGUUUCACACGAUCGAUGUUUCCCGAAUCAGUGCUGGUUGGCAUUUAGGAUGUCAUUCUGUUCAAGGUACAUCAUUAUAUUUGAGCUAAGAAUGUGGACAGUAGUUUUGUGGAUCGUACCCUUCUUGUAGACAGGUAUUACCUGUGCUUUCUUCCAACUUCUGGGCAUGGUGUUUUGUCUGAGGUCUCUGUGAUAGAAUAUAAUUAAAAGAGGAGCUAACUCAUCUGCAAAAUUAGUAUAGAAUCAGGUAGGGAUUCCAUUGGGCCCUGGAGCUCUGUUCAGUUUUAGUGAUUUCAGAUGUUUCUAAGCACCACUGACAUUAAUACUGAUUUAGCUCAUGUUUUCAGUGAUUCAAGGAUUAAAUUGGAGCAGUUCUCCUUGAUUUACCUUUGGAAAGGAACGUUUGAAAAACAGAGUUAUUCAUUUCAGUGUUUGCAUUGCUAUCUACAAUUUCAGUUCCUGUCUCAUUUGCUAGGGCUGGACACUAACCGUAGUGCCACUAACAGCCUUUACUAAAGGUGGUGGUGUGUAAACGACACUUGUAAAUAGUAAUUACGUUAAUUGAACUUAUCAUUCAGUGAAGAAUGCACUGAAUGAUAAGCUCAAUUAACAUUAUACAAGACAUUACUUUCUUAUAUUCUUUUCCUUGAUUGACAAGUUUUGCAAGUUAGUGCAAUUUAGUCUUCGUUUUCGCGAACAUGAAAAUUAGUCUUUGUGACUAUGUGCUCUCUGACUUCACCAGUGAUUGUAUUAAGACCUUCGUAUGAUUCUUUGGUCAUCUGCAGUUACAUAUGCUUGAUAUGGAAGUCGCCUGUUAACUGUCUGGAGUGUAUGAACAGAUGUUAUAAUGUCGUAAGUACUGUAUAUGAUGUUGUUGUUCAGAGGUACAACUCCUACGUUUCGGGUUUGUGGGCUGUGUGGCUUUUUCUGUUUGUUCAGUUUUCCAGUUGAUAAUGGUUUAAUUAACUGAAACCGGUCAAGGAGAAAUACUAUAGUAGGCCUACAGCUUAUGGCAAAUAAAAAUGCAUUUCUACAAAUAUCUCUUAGUUUGAAGGUGUAUAUCUGCAAAUAAACCGAAAAAUAAUUAUGCAAUUUAUUUUUUGUGGUGAUAAUUAAAUUUUAUGGCUAACUGUUGUUAAAGUUGGAAAUACAUUCCAAGUCUGCAGAAAUGUUAUGCUCCUUUGUCAGGCUUGGAAAGAGGGGUUGAUUGCAGAAGUUUGGAAAGGAAAGGCAGGUCAAUCAGAUCACAGUUUGAGGGGUUGAAAGCUGAACUGAAACAAGUUAAUAUGCCACUGCAAUGGCCCAUAGCAACAAUUUUCAACAGUCCUUGGAAAUUGGUUCUAGAUGUUAGUAAUGACUCUUUGUAUUCUCUCUCUCUCUCUCUCUCUCUCUCUCUCUCUCUCUCUCUCUCUGACUACUCCUCCACUACCUUUUACCUCAGUGUGUUAAUGUAUUGAAACAGUCUCUCAGUGUCUUUUGUCAAGACGAGUCUGUAACUUACCUCAAAAAUGUGACUGGGAACCCCCAGUGAUAACUUGAAAGAAUGGAUAUGCAGUUUGAACAACAAAUUCUCUUUGUUGGUCCAACCUUCAGAAGAUGACUAUAUGAUUAACAAGUGAUAUAUAGAGUGCAGCUUUGUACUGACAGUUAGGUGAAUGUGUCUUACAUGCAGAACGUA